CUCAUAAGCAGAUUGUAACCACGAACGCUUUCAAGAUGCCGAGACAGAUCAGACACAAAAUUAUUCAUGGAAAGAGUAACUUUUAAGUUGUUUAAAAGUUAAAGAGUUGGAAGCAAAGAAUAUGUAAAUAUUGUGAAAAAAGUUGUUAAAUUACAAGUUUAAGGAGAACCAGAGAAUUAUGAUGUCAACGUCGGUGGCAGAAUCUUAUCCAAAGUGGUUGUCAGAUUGCAAGAGUGAACUCUCAAAAUCGCCGGAAUGGAAGGAGCUAAGAGAAGAGUUGGAAUCAGUGAUUGAACAACAGCUGACAGAGAGUCAUGUUGAUCAGUUUUCUAAUCUGUCUCAUGCCGAGAGAAAGAUGUUUCUAGAAAGAGCUCUCAGAGCAGUGAAAAGUGGAGAUCAAUGUGAAAGGUUCAAUGACACUCUCAACCAAUCAAUCAACAAGCAUGUCAAUUCCCAUGUUGCACAUCAGUUGUUAGACAAGAGUGGAUUUAAGCCGACAGCAACCAAAUCGGAUCUGAUCUUAGACCAGGCUAACGAAGCUUCAAUGGCGCUCCUAGCAAGAUGGCCAGAACUUAAGACCAAACUGCAUAGAUGUUUCAACAGGGUUUUACCAUCUGGUCUAAGGCAGCUUACAUGGAAGUUAUUUUUAUCAAACCCAACUGUGAAGUCCAAGUAUCUGACUAGACUAGAAAAAGAUCCUGAGAGCACCAUGUCAGUCUUAGAUCUUGAUGUUGUUCAAAAAUGUGAAGCUCUACUGCAGUCGGAACCAACCUUCAAAUUACUGGCUUUUAAUUCAGAUAUUCUCCAUGCAAUGAAAGCAGUCCUCUCCUACCACCACGCCUGCAAGCAAACCCGCACCCCUCUCCUUGACACUGACUACCUCCUUGUGGUGCCGUUCCUGGUCAAUGCAUUGAUGAUCCAGGGCCACAGGAUCCCUGGAGAGUCUGGAACUCUCACUGGACCAGGAACGGAUCAUCUCAUCACCAGGGAGAGUCUAGGAACUCUGGUGGAACAGUACUCUACCCUAAUGGCAGCCAGGCCAGCCUAUAUGAAGGAAUCCUACAAUCAGGAUUUCAAGGAAGGGAUGAGGCAGUGUAUGGCCAAGGUUUCCGGUACAUUAGAAGUAUUAGAUAAUGGAUUAGCCAGCCAUCUUAAAAAAGUACUCAAUAAAGAAGCCAAGAAGCUCCCCCUUUCAGAAAGCAUCAAGCAAGUGACCAGACCUAUGAUAAGAGCCAUGUUUAUUGGUUAUCUUUCCCUUGACACUGUUAUGUAUGUAUGGGACCAGCAUGUAAUUGGGUUAGAUGCUCCAGAGUUUGACAUCAUUCCAGCCAUUGCUGUGCUUAUCUUCAUCUAUCUCAAGAAGCAACUCUUGUCAUGCAACUCGGUAUCUGAAGUUUCAGCCAUUUUGAAAUCGGAGGCUGUCAAACUAAAGAGAGAGCAACUCAUGCAUGGGAUCAAUAAACACUUUCAUAAGGAGUUAUAUAGCCUGCUGACCAAAGAUUCUGGGAUGCCGGUCUUAGACCCAACACAAAUGCCGAUGCCUUGGCAAGAUUGGCACAAUGAAGACCUACCCCCUGUCAUCAGAGCUGAAGACAGACAGAUCUCAAGACAACGAAGAAGAGAAGAAGAGCUAAGAGAGAUGAAUUUUAAGAAGGAACUUCAUGACCAAAGACUUCUUGAUGAAGAUCUUCGCAAGCAAAAAGCCAGGAUCCGUUGGCAACAGCAAUUGACCGAUGCAGAGAAAGCCUACUCAGCGAGAGAAGCAGAACUCAUCAAACUUUUGGAGGAAGAGAAGAAGAAAAGAGUAGAAGCAGCAAAGAGAGCUGAUAGAGAUAUUGACAGGCUAGCUAAGGAGAUUGAGAAACUUAAGAGGGGUCAAGGUCCAAAGCGAGGACCGAGCGUUGAGCCGCUACCUCCAUCGAGGGUAGGCAAGGACCUACUGAAUAGUGUCAUGAAAGCAGCGAAUAAAUUGGUAGCUGGUAGCAGUGGCCAUGGGAGAUAGGAAUUAAUCAGGAAGAUGGAACACAUCAGGGGCCUGUAACACAAGUAUUGUAAAGAUUGUAAAACAAUGAUUGAUGGCAUGGUUGAUUGGUACACUCGAUUACAUAUAAUCAAUCAAUGUAAUUAUAAGCAUACAAUCAGUCAUGCAAUUACUAAACUUUGUGUAACAACCCCUUAAGGUACUAAUUCAUGAAGAUUCUAAUCUUCUGUCACAAACUAUCAUUCACUGUAGAAUUCAUGAAAAUCUUUUGUUGUGAUUUGUUUUCUUCUUAAUGAGGACAGACUGCUGUUGGCAUACUAUUGUACUAGUUUGUGCUUGUCAAGUGCCUGGAUGAAUAGAUUCAGUGAAGAUCUCUAUGUAAUUAAGUAUAAUAGCUAUGUGCAGGUAGAAAAUGAAGAAACAACAUUUUAACAAAGCCUCCUUCACCUCCUGCUUUGGCCGAAAAGCGCUCGUACCAGGGUGAGUAUCUGUGAAUGACAGAUUUUCAAUAAUUGUCAACCUUAAUGAAUCUGUGGCUACAACGUCCAUGAACAACCACCAAGCUCAGCCACAUUUGUUGCAAACCCACACAAAGUAUUACAGACUUGCAUAGACUGUCUUUGUACAAAAGAGUGGCAUGGGAAUGCUGGACAUCCAACCAUUCUGCAUUCUGAGAAAAGAAUCUGAAUUAUGUUAGGACCAUUCAAAGCUCUGGUUUUUAGAGGAUUCCCCCCCCCCCUCUUUCUUGAUGAUUUUGAUUCAUUCACCUGUGUGGAAUGCUAUUCUCUCUUUGACAAGCAAAAAAAAAGAAAAAAAAAAUGACCUUUGAAAGGAUUUGCUAGUACUUUGCCUCCCAAGCAAAUCUGACAAAUAAAAAUGAAAAAUAUUCCCACUCCUUACAAUUUGGGUCUGAAGGUGGGACGUAUGUUACCCCCCCCCCCUUGCCUUUGAGCCCCCCCCCCCCCCCUGUUGGUAGAUUCAUGAUUUUUGUGAACAAUGAUCAAUGCUAUCUGUUUUUAUCAUGAUCUUUAAUUAAUAAUGUUCAAUAGUUCGAACUCGACCUCCCAUUUACAAAACUGCAUAUAUUCAUGCAACUCUCACCAGAGCAAUAAUAAUGUUCCAUAAAAGCUCAGCAACUGAUUGUGCGAUUUAUUUUCAUUAUUGAUCAUACAUUGUGGCCAAUGCAAUCAAUUGUAAAACAAAAUUGUCUUAUGAUUGAUUGCUGAGCUUGUAUUAUUGGGAUGUUUUCUUUAGAAAAACUGGUGUAUGGCAAGCCAAAUUGGUUAACUCAAUCACAUACCCAUUUACUUAAGAUGGAAUAUGCAGACAUCCAUUGAUGAUCCGAAUGUUCACCUAUAUUUUCAGUGCAAAUUAUAUUAUUUUUUAAUAUAUAAAAGAAUUUAUUUAUAAGUUUAAUAGGGCAUCUGGAAAAACUUUUGGCCUGCCCCUAUGUACUUUACAUUUCAGUUGUUUGUAGAGUUAUCAUAAUCAACUUCACAAAAUACUCUCACCCUUGAAAAGUUUUAUAUCUUUCUCUAAAUUUAUGAAGUUCUUGCAGGAAGAGUUUUAAUGUCAUUUAUAAUACAAAGCUCUGGAGACCCUUUUGUUUCAAUUUAACCAAUUUCCUUUUAAUGUUAUGUGUGCUUUAUCUCAACCUGCAUUGCAAUCUUUUUUGUCUCAUUGACGUUAUUUAUUCAAUAUCUUUAUGAAAAAGAUUUUAGUCUGAAAUACAUGUAUAUACCUAUCAGUGAAUGAAGAAAUAAUUUGUAUACUUUUUUACUAGGAUUUCUCAGAUCAUCUGUCAUGAGUUGUAUUUUUGUAAGUAUCUAAACAGAUGGAAUUUUAUCCAUUUUGUAUUUUUUGAAGUGAUUCCUUCCUGUCCCUUUCCCAACCUUAUUCAGCAGCUGUUGUCAUAGUUUUCUGAAGAAAUAUGCAUUUUGAUUUGGCACAUUACAUAUAAAUGAUCCACUUUAAUAAGGAUUGGUGUAAAAUAU